AGACUCCAUCCCGCUUCCGAUUGGCCGAGAGCCCAACCUGUACGCCCAGAAGAUCCUCCGGCACCUGUACACCCUGUUCCUGUCCAGGUACUCACACCUGGACCGACCCACGGUACCAGAACCACGGACCUUUAAAGGACCAGAUGUUCUACUUCUAACUCUCGUGGUGCAUUAGAAGGUUAAUGGUGCCACAGUGGGUCCCAGUGGUGCAUUCAAAGGCUCCAGUUGGGGUGUAGACAGUUCCAGUGGUGCAUUAGGAGGUUCCAGUUGGGUUUAGGAGGUCCAAUGGUCCUAGUGGUGCAUUCAAAGGUUCCAGUUGGGUUGUAGGAGGUCCAAUGGUGCCACAGUGGGUCCUAGUGGUGCAUUCAGGUUCCAGUUGGGUUUACGAGGUCCAAUGGUCUUAGUGGUGCAUUCAAAGGUUCCAGUUGGGUUGUAGGAGGUCCAAUGGUACCACAGUGGGUCCUAGUGGUGCAUUCAGGUUCCAGUUGGGUUUAGGAGGUCCAAUGGUCCUAGUGCAUUCAAAGGUUCCAGUUGGGUUGUAGGAGGUCCAAUGGUGCCACAGUAGGUCCUAGUGGUGCAUUCAGGUUCCAGUUGGGUUUAGGAGGUCCAAUGGUCCUAGUGGUGCAUUCAAAGGUUCCAGUUGGGUUGUAGGAGGUCUAAUGGUGCCACAAUGGGUCCUAGUGAUGCAUUCAGGUUCCAGUUGGGUUUUAGAAAGUUUCAGUGGUGCAUUAGGAGGUUCCAGUUGGGUUUAGGAGGUCCAAUGGUCCAACAGUCGGUCCUCAUGGUGCAUUCAAAGGUUCCAGUUGGGUUGUAGAGAGUUCCAGUGGUGCAUCUGAACAUGGUUGAGUGUAUCAAGAGGUCCCAGUCGAGUUUUAGGAGUUCCGAUGUUGCCUUAAGAUAAACCAAUCGUAAAUCAGGAGGUUUUAUUGGUGCUCUAAGAGGUUCAGGUGUUGCGUUGACAGGUCCGGUGGUACAUUCAGGUGCUCCUGGGGAGCAUUAAGAGGUUCCGGUGAUCUUCUUGAAGGUUCCGGUCGAGCUUAUAGUGGUGGAGGCCGUAGAAGUCCUUCAGGUGGUUCAUGGCGCCUGUCAGAAGACCCGCCGUCCCGUAACUCCAUCGACUCGUUGAAUAUUGACAGCGUUUGAUCGUCUCCGCCCCCCCAGGUCGGACCAGGUGAGUCCGGUCUACACGGCCCUCUGUCAGCAGGUGCUGUGUGCAGUUCAGUCGUUGGCCAGAGACGGCGCUGUGAUGAGCAGAGACACCUGGGAGACCCUGCUGAACUUCCUGCUGUGCGUCAACCACGCCAUGCUGGCUACAGGCGACGUGUCGGAGCAGCUGUCUCGGCUGUCGAUGGCGGUGCUGUUCGAGGCGUGGCUGCUGUCGUGCGCCCGGUGUUUCCCGUCUCGCUCCCUGUGGCGGGCGGGCCGGCUGGCGCUGAGCGGCUGCCGGCGGCGGCCGGCGGCGGUGGAGCAGUGGAGCCGAGCCGUCGCCGCCCUGACCUCCAGGUUGCUGCUGCAGAGCUUCGGUCCGGCCUUCCCUCGCUUCGAAGUCCCGGACGAAGACGCCGCCCUGAUCCCCGAAGACAUGGACGAGCGCGGAGUCCCUCAGACGUGGUUCAGGUUCCUGCACCUGCUCAGUAACCCGGUGGAUCUCAGUGGCCCUGGGGUUGUGGGUUCGACUCCCUCCUCCCCCGAGGAUUCGUCCAGAGGAGACGGCCAGCUGCCCAACAUCUUCUUCAAAGCCAUGAGGGGAGUCAGCGUGCUGGUCGACGCCUUCCUGGGUGUGACUGUGAUCAACAAAGAACCAACAGAGCAGCUGCCAAACACUGGACUCCCCCUGAGGAUCCCUUUCAGGGAUCGGUUGCCGUCUCUCGGUGUUGCUGUUACCAGGAGCCCGUUUAGAGACCGCCUCCCUCCUUACGGUUUCUCUCGGCCUCGCUCGGGCAGCGCCCCCCACAUCCCGGUGAACGCCUUGAGCCUGCCCAGUGCCCCUCCCCCCUGCCCCUCCCCGCCUCCACCCAACACACGGCUUAAAGCUGUGAUCGUUUCCAAGGCAACGAGCAGACCUACUGCGGCGUCUCCCUCCCCUCCUCACUGGAGGGUGUCGCCCCCCCCCUCCCAGCCCCCCCUAUGCUCCUCCCCCAGGCCCUCCCCCUCCCCACUCAGGUGCAACGUGGACUCCCUCCUCCACCUGUUCGGGGGCUGGCUCUUUGAUGCAGCUCUGAUCAACAGAGACUCUGCCGGUCCCGGUGAUGUCACCGUGACGUCCGCCAGGUGGGCGGCGGGGAGAGCCGAGGCCUGCGGGACGCUGUGCCGGAUCUUCACCUGCAAGAAAACUGCAGAGGACAUCCUGUCUGUCUACCUGUCCAGGUUCUACCUGGUGCUCCUGCGGGCGCUGCGGGUCUCGGAGCAGGUGUGUCCUCCGGUCCUGGCCUCCGUCCUGCUGAACAGCACCGCUCUGUUCUGCUGCGACCUGAGAGGAGUCCACCUGCUGCUGCCCUCCGUCACCGCCGCCGUGGAGAAGGUCCUGCUGGACAGAGAGCUGCUGCGGUUCAGGAGCUUCCUGAGCCCGGUGGACCUGCGCCGGGCCGCCGUCCGGCUGCUGCUCACCAUGCUGCCGCUGCCGUUUGGCUCCGUCCAAUCAGAGGUGUUAUUGGACGGGCGGUUCACCGGUGAUGAUGUCACAGGAGGCAGCUUCCUGUCCCUGAAGCCCCGCCUCAUCGCGGUUCUGAUUGGAGCUCUGCAGACGGAGACCGACACCUCCAACACACAGAUACUACUGGCCUCCAUGUUGCACCUGGUCCAGGACUCGUCUCUGCUGGAGGCCUCCGGUCUGCAGGUGAGUCCACAUGAGACUCUGAGCAGCACCAGCAGAACUCAUGGAGAGAGUUCUGUGUCUAUGUCAACCUCCUUUAACCCGGACUCUGAGUCCCAGCCAGGUGGAGCCAGCAGACCCAGAUGGGCCGGUGGAGCCGGUGGAGCCGGUGCAAACAGAUGGACCAGAGGAACCGCCGUCCAAUCAGACGCAGCCGGCGUCCUGUGGGUUCAGUUUGUGCGUCUGCUGACUCAGCGUCUGACGUCUCAGUGGAGGAAUGACUCAGCAGUUUGUCUCUCUGCACUGGAAGUACUGGGAGGACUGGCCAAGGUGGAGGUGAGCGUGGAGGUGUGUGAGAGGAGGCGCGCCGUGUCGGCGGUCUGCUGCUACAUCGUGUUCCAGUGCCGCCGGCCGCCUCCUCUUCACUCCAGAGAUCUGCACUCCAUCAUCGUCGCUGCUUUCUACUGCCUGAACGUCUGGCUGAGCCAGCACCCCGCCCUGCUGGACCAGCAGGACUGCCUGUUGGAGGUGCUGGAGAUCGUGGAGUUGGGGAUCUCGGGCAGUAAGUCCAGACAGGAACAGGAAGUGAGGUGUAAAGAGGAGAAGGAGCUGAACCCCGCCUCCCUGAGGGUGAAGGAGGCCGCAGAGGCCACGCUGAGCUGUGUGAUGCAGGUCUCGGGGGUCUUCCCCUCCCCCGGAGGCCAGCUGAGUGAGGACGCUCUGAUUGGCUGCCCCGCUUCCAGUGACAGCAGUUUGAAGAAAUUCAGAUAUUUUGUGGUGGACCGCUCGGUCAUCUUGGCCAUGCUGGAACAACCACAGGGACCAGAACAGGCGGCGUGUCCGUCCCUCACAGUGCGGAUCAGGGGUCCGUCAGGAGGUCACACCUGGACUCUACAGCUCCACCUGCAGCCCAGAGAGGGAAGAGCAGGAACACAGCCGACUCUGAUCCCAGAGCAGCGCGUCGCGGCCCAAGAGGAUGCUGGGAUACGAUGUGGUGUCAAGCAUCUGCUCUCUCCUGAACACACUGACAGAGUUGCGUCAGUGAAAGCAGAUCUGAGUAUUCCAACUCUGCGUGAGACCGUAACUGAGGAGGUGCAGCAGCAGCUGGAGCGUCUGCAAGCAGCGUUGACGAGGCAGCGGCAGGUCGAGGCUCGGCCGCAGGUGAGCCGACGUUCGGAUGUCUCGAAGCCCUGCAGGCCGCCGUCUCCGAUCACCAAGUUCCAGACGGCGAGACUCUUCCUGUCCCACCUGGGCCUGCUGACACCGGAGACCUUGAAGAGUCCAGGUACCGGCGGUGUCCCAGCUCCCUUGGUGUCUCUGGACUCGUCACUUCCGGGUUUCUCUGAGGAUCUGAGACGUCUGGACCAGCUGCCGUCCAGAAACUGUGACUCCGCCUUCAUCUUCUACAUGAGAGCAGGACAGAGGACGGCAGCUGAGGUUCUGGGGAAUGUGGAGUCCAGCUGCAGCGUCCAGUCGCACUUCCUGGACUUCCUGUGGUCUCUGGGUCGGCCAGUGGAGGUGGGGCGGCGACGGGGGGGCGGGUUCAACGCCAACAGUUCAGAAUUCAUGGCUGUGCUAGGCGACAGUGGAGGGGGCGUGUUUAAUGGAGAGAGGUUCGUCCUGAUGCACACCGAUGCUCUGACCGAGAUCACCUUCAUCGUACCCUCGUCAUCAUUCACAGCUGAUUUGUCGAAGAGUCAGGAGGAGGCGGAGCCUCUAACUGGGGCGCCAUCCAAUCGGCAGAGUCCUUUUGAGCCCAACAAAGAAUCCACCCCUCAACCUACAAGUCCUACCGUUGAAGACACAAAGUCCUUUCGUUUCGAGUCGUCAUCCAUUGGCUCUGAAUCUAAACUCCUGAUAGUCUGGGUCGAACGCUUCGAGGAUAUCGAGAGUUUCCCUCUGUCGGACCUUCUGUCGGGGACGAAGACGGGAACCCCCCCCAGCGCGUCGAGCGUCCAGCUGAUCUUCGUCCACCCCCUGAACACCGGACUUUACCGGAUUCGGUUCCAGGCUAACGCAACCAGCAAGUUCGGUUUGUUCGUCCCUUUGGUCAACGGGAGUCUGGUCAGCAGGAGGUCUUUGGCGUUCCUGCUCAGAGAGACCGUGAUCAACUGCUGCCACCGGCGGCGGCUGGAGAGUGACUCCGCCCCCCCGGCUCACGUCAGGAGGAAGCACACGAUCAACGACAUCAUCCUUCGCUACCGCAGCCGCUGCUCUGAGCCCGCCUUCUACGCCGCCCUGUUCCAGGAACCCUGAGGCCCCUCUGACCUCUGACCUCUCAGACAGAGCCGCUCCACUGUAGAUACCAUCCACAGAAACACACGAAGAAGAGUUUGUAGUUUUAAACCAGCCAAUCAGGAUCAAGGCUUCCUGUUGCAAGGUGUUUGUGUGACAGGUGUCUCCCGAGUGAUGAUGUCACCUGAUUGAUGAUGUCACCCAAGUGAUGAUGUCACCUGAGAAGGUUAAUAAACUGUGUGGAAACCUC